CACAGAUGCCGGUAAUAUUGACGGCCAAUACAGUAUAUCACUUGGGCCCUUCAAUACGAAACAAGACAAUAGCAGAAGCUCGCUGUACCAAGCCUAAAAGUUAGUGUGAAAAGCUUGGGCAACUUACUCAGUGCCUGUAACAGCUUCAUAUCAUACGGCAGGGAUAGGGAAUGUGAGUAUGCCUGAAGAAGAUAUGGGACUCGGUCUUGCGGAACGUCUACAGACCUUGGUAUCGAGGAAGUUCCAACAGGCAUAUCACAACAAAGCUCUUCUUUUCUCAGACACAGCUCUACAUGUACUUCGGAUCAAUCAGGGACCAUCCUUCCAGCUACGAUACUGCCCGGCAUUGGCCAACAAGCCCAAAGGUAAUGAGAAAACGGAGCAUCGGGGCCCAAGAUUCGAUCCGUUUGCGGAUCCUUCAUCAGACCUGCUCGUCACCAGCAUACCAAGCCGUGACCCAUCGCAUAUCCUAGUACUGAACAAGUUUCCUGUCAUCCACAAUCACUUCAUCAUCGCCACCAAGGACAACAAGCCCCAGACUGGUCUAUUAGAACCAGCCGACCUCAGCAUGACUUACGAAUGUCUUCGGGCAUGGCAGAACCAUCAAGAUCAUAGCGACUCGCAGAGGCUAUUCGCCUUCUUCAACUCUGGCGAGCAUAGCGGUGCCAGCCAAGUCCAUCGCCACCUACAAUUCCUCUCGAUGGAAGAUAUGUCAGGAUCUGAUUCGCAGGACUGGAAGCUCCUCAUUGAUCGUAUGAUAGUUCCAGCUCAUCCCCAGCUUCCGCUCUUCCACGAUCCGUCAUGCCCAUUUCUCCAUUUCUCGACCCCGAUAGAAGGGCAACCUUCGGCAGAGACCUUGUUCUCCAAGUACCACCUGCUCUUGAAAGCGGCACUCUCUGCUGGAAGUCAACCACAUGAGCAGCUGAACGAGCAUAUCAAUGUGGAAAGAGAUGGAGAGACUACCUUCAGUUACAACCUGGCAAUCACCACGGACAGAAUGGCUAUAUGUCCGAGGAGCCACGAGGCUGUGGCUGUGCCAGGACUUGGCCAGGAAAGCUCUGUGGCUCUCAAUGGAACCAUACUUGCGGGCACAUUGAUGGUAAAGCACGAGCAGGAAUGGAACACAUUGCGUGAAAAACCUGAGCUUCUCGAAAACAUGCUUGCCUCAGUCGGCUACAGCCCAGCAAUUUGGGACUGAUAAGUCCUGAAAAGUUCAUGGCUGAGGAAAUGCCAAGUCCCUCCUCGUGUUCCCUGAAGAAGUCACUUGAGACAGGCUUGGAGGUAGUUGGUGCAAGGAGUGAGCUUUUCAGCUCAAACUUCGAGGCAUUUCUGGCGGACGCUCGUGUAGGGUCAACUUUGUAUCGUGCCUACGAAGUGGCAGGCAAUGACGAGCCAGGCGAGAUCCAGAGGAUCCGCAGUCAAGUACUUUUGACCAUGCUCUCUUCGAUGCACCAAUGGUCAACAAGGUGUGUGAGAAGGUCAAGUGAUGGUGUGACCCCCAUUCAGGAGCCCGUAUUCGUAAUGAGAACAAGCGACGAAGUUGAUAGUUGAUUGACUGUUAAACACGAACAUGCAGGCCAACAUUUCAAAAGCAAAGGAAAUGAUUGGGGCCAAAAGACUCAAGGGGAUUGAUGCCAAUGCUCGUACAUGCAAUUGUCCUAACAGCGAGGUCAAGGCGUUCAUAGAAGGA